AUAAUUUUGACUUUUACCAUUGUGAAGGCCACAAGAGAGCCACGAAUGGUGGGCGGGCCACAUUUGGUGGCCUUUGAAGGCCACCAUGGUGGACACCCUGAGGGCUUAGUAUUUGUCGCCGGUUGUCUCUAGAAUAACAGAGUCAAUAAUUGAAAAGGGAGAAUACCCUUUAACAAUGUCAAUAGAGGAGGUUGUAAGAAUAAAUUUGUUUGUCUAACUUGACAUCUGUUCACGGAGCAGAUAUGUAUCACAUUAGUUUUUGCCGACAUGGAAACUGCGAAUUACAACAUUUAAUGUGUGGGACGUUGACGGUUCAACCGGCCACACAAAAAUGGUGAAGUACAAGCCAAAUAGAAGAAAUCAAGAAAUAUCAUCACCUUAUUGAACAAACUAAACGGCUCAAAGAAAAUACAUCAAAUAAAAUUAUUUUAUUCAACAUAACACCAUGUUAUGCUACUUGCAAUAUGAGGUCAUUUUGAUUAACAUUCGAAAGUGAGAUACGCAAUAAUACAUAACUAAUAUUUAUAUAUAUUUGGAUUAUUUUAUGUGGAUGUAUAUACACGACAGAAGUACUAUAGAAAAGAGAAAUCGAAAUUAGUAAGUCAAAGUAAAUUAGAUUAAAUUCAGAGGAAAAAAAAAAAUGCUUUCCCACAUUUCGGCAUCACUCUCUCGCACCUCUUCUCUCACCGCCACCACCGCCUUCUCCCUCCGCCCCUCUCUCACAUCGAGAUUCCGCUUCCACCCUAUCAAUUAUCGGAAGCUCCGCUUCUCCUCCGCCGCCUCAAUGGACAGAACUUCUACCCCUGCCUCCGUCGAUUCUAUUUCGGAAGAUUUGAAAAAUCAAAGAUUGGAAAAAGAUAAUCAUGUUGUCGAUGGCGUUAGAAAUGCUGCGAAUUCCGAUAAUAUCACUCCAAAUAGGGUUAAUUUGAAGCUGGAGGAGCUCAAGUGGGACCACUCAUUUGUUCGUGAACUGCCCGGAGAUCCCAGGACCGAUUCAAUUCCGCGAGAGGUUUUGCAUUCCUGUUACACAAGAGUAUCACCAUCUGCUGAGGUGGAUAAUCCUCAGCUUGUCGCAUGGUCUGAUUCAGUUGCAGAGUUACUUGAUUUGGAUGCAAGAGAAUUUGAAAGGCCUGAUUUUCCUCAAAUAUUUUCUGGGGCGUCGCCUUUAUCUGGAGGGAUGUCUUAUGCUCAGUGCUAUGGAGGACAUCAGUUUGGCAUGUGGGCAGGCCAGUUGGGCGAUGGUAGGGCAAUUACGCUGGGAGAACUUGUUAAUUCCAGUGGUCACAGGUGGGAAUUGCAGCUUAAGGGUGCUGGGAAGACACCAUACAGUCGAUUUGCUGAUGGCCUUGCAGUUCUACGCAGUAGUAUACGAGAGUUUCUCUGCAGUGAGGCAAUGCACUUUCUAGGAAUCCCAACAACGCGCGCACUAUGCCUAGUGACUACUGGAAAAUAUGUUACCCGCGACAUGUUUUAUGAUGGCAACCCAAAAGAUGAACCUGGUGCAGUUGUUUGCCGAGUUGCUCCAUCCUUUCUUCGUUUUGGUUCAUACCAAAUCCAUGCUUCAAGAGGAAAGGAGGAUCUUGGCCUUGUUCGCACUUUGGCUGACUAUACCAUUAGGCAUCACUUCCCCCAUUUAGAGAAUCUCAGUAAAAGUGAGAGUUUAUCUUUCAGUACUGGUGAAGGAGAUGAUUCAGUGGUUGAUUUAACUUCUAACAAAUAUGCUGCUUGGGCCGUGGAAGUUGCAGAGCGCACUGCUUCUUUAAUUGCAAAAUGGCAGGGCGUUGGCUUUACCCAUGGAGUGCUAAACACGGACAACAUGAGUGCAUUGGGACUCACCAUUGAUUAUGGUCCUUUUGGUUUCUUGGACGCAUUUGACCCUAGUUACACCCCAAACACUACUGAUCUUCCCGGAAGAAGGUACUGCUUCGCAAAUCAACCUGAUAUUGGUCUAUGGAAUAUUGCGCAAUUUGCCACAACUCUGUCUGCCGCCCAGUUAAUAAAUGAGAAGGAAUCAAACUAUGCUAUGGAAAGGUAUGGAACGAAGUUUAUGGAUGAUUAUCAAGCCAUAAUGACCAAAAAACUUGGUCUAUCCAAGUACAAUAAGCAGUUGAUCAGUGAUCUUCUUAAAAACAUGGCUGUUGAUAAAGUUGACUACACAAACUUCUUUCGGUUGCUUUCAAAUGUCAAAGCUGAUCUUACUAUUCAAGACGAUGAACUAUUGGUUACUCUUAAAGCUGUUCUGUUGGACAUUGGCAAAGAGCGCAAAGAUGCAUGGACUAGCUGGGUGAAGUCCUAUAUACAAGAGCUUUCUGCUAGUGGAAUUUCUGAUGAAGAGAGGAAAAAAUCCAUGGACUCAGUAAAUCCCAGAUACAUCCUCAGAAACUAUUUAUGCCAAAGUGCCAUCGAUGCAGCAGAACAAGGUGAUUUUGAAGAGGUACGACGGGUACUGAAGGUCAUGUCAAGGCCAUAUGAUGAGCAACCGGGGAUGGAAAAAUAUGCUCGAUUACCUCCUGCCUGGGCUUAUCGUCCUGGCGUGUGCAUGCUUUCUUGCUCUUCUUGAUCAAUACAACUACACAGAAGGAGAUCAGAAAUAGAGAUACAAUGUUGUACAUACAAAGCAUGUAUGCUAUUUUUUGUUGUGUACUGAGCAUUUACAAGUGCAGAUGGGGUGUCAUAUCAUACAAACGGUAUUGUAUUUUUGUAAUGCGAGUUACUUGUAAGAAAUUUCAUACUGUUUGCAGCUAGAUAUUUAAGAGGGCGUUUCACUAA